CUAUCGCAUGAACGGAAGAGGAUGAGCCGACGGGGAGGGUUUAGAGAAGAAGCUGAAUACGGCCGACGAUAUGGGAAAGCGGAUCUUGAUCGAGUUGGUUUCUUCGACGAUAUACCAAAUGCGUCGCACGAUCCAUACGUUCCACCGACCGUGAUAGCCUUUGAAAAGGGUCGUCAGUUGCUUCCCGGCCCACCCCAACAACUUUUCGAGAAAGAAUUCCAACGAAUUUUCAAGGGUGAAGCACUCACCAAACCAAUAUCGCAGAAUGGAAAAAUCAAGAUAAUAGGUCGACCCUUGAUGCCACCAUCACCCUCGAAAAAGCACUCGUCGUCUGGUGACUCGUAUGGAUGUUUUAGCAAGCACCCGACUUACUUCAGUCCUGAAUUAAGAGCCAAGCCAAAGAGAGAAAGAGAAGAGCCGAAUUUCAAGAUACAGCCUGGGAAACUUGGUGGACCGGGUUAUGCGGAUAUUUGUUUCAGUCCUUAUCCCACUUAUUUGCACGAGCCCUAUGAUCCCAAAGAAAGAAAGGAUAGGAAGAGGGAAGAGAGAAUAGGGCCAAGUUUCUUGUCUACAAGCGCACCUCUCGAUUAUUUCCCACCGAAUCCUUAUCUCGAUAAAAACCCUGGACCGACGUACGUGCGUCCAAAGGAAAUUGAAGAAAAGAUCAUCGGUUCUGGUCAUAUCUACGUCCCAUUUCCAAAGUCACCCGGUGGAAAUCACGAUGGUUGCUUCAGCAAGUUUCCGUCUUACAUGAGUGAACCAUAUAGUCCCACAAUCCCAAGAGAUGCCACGACUGGACCACCAUUGAUCGCUGGUGGACCUGAUCUACGAACAAAAUAUACUAACAGUAUCAUCAAUCAGGUCACAGCUGUAUCGUGUAACGCGACCAACUAUCGAGAGUAUCACGAACGUGUCUAUCCUUUGACUCAAUAA